CGAUUUACGAGCAGGCGAGCAUCUUGCGAGAAGUAGGCGCCGGGAUAAGCAUUGGACCGAACUCUUAGAGGGCCUUGGAAGUGCCAGGUGCUGCAGAUGCUUUGAACAGCGGACAUCCAACAUGGACAACUCUGAACUUGUAAGUUGAUUUCUUCUGGAUGAUGCGGCAUGACGUACUGGCAUUGAGAUAUAGUGAUGUCCGAUCAGGUGAGGAGCUGCAUCGCCGUGAGAAGCCAAAGACGAAGUCUGAACAUGCUCCAAUCCGAACAUAAAAGAACCAAACCGCAGUCUGCGUUACUAUCUCGCAUCCAACUUGGAAUCAUUCAGUUACCAAAGAUGCUGGUACGUAUUGUAGAUCAAGGUACUGCAGGUGUCGAACUCUACUUUAAAGAUGGCUCUUCAACUAUCGCCGACUUGGUAGUUGGCACCGAUGAGAUCCGCUCAGUAGUCCGUGACGCAGCUUGGUCGGACUAUGAGACCAAGUUCACGGGUACCACGAUCUGGCGCACGCUGCUAGCUUGGGAAGAUGUGAAGGACCUGGACCCAAGAUUUGAGAUCACAGGCUGGUGGCAUACGCCCACUACCCACGUGUACUUUUCACCUGUCGGUGAAGGUUUGGGGGAUAUUGCUGCGAGAGCGUGGCAUGAUCAGGUUGUUCACAGCACCAGCAAGAUCAGCUAGGGUGUGCCAGUUGACAACGCACAUGUUGAGUCGCACUUCACGGAGUAUCUUCCUCAGAUCCAAGAGGCACUGGCACAAGUGCCACAGGGCGGUUGGUGAGAGUUUGCUGCU